AUGCUGUUAAUUGUACGAAUUAGUGCUGUAUUGUGUUUAGUGGUGGCAGCAGUUGAAGCUUUAACUGUAACACAACUCUGCAAAAGUAGAAAUAUCGGCUAUAAAUUGCAAGAUCCUGAAGAUUGCCACAGUUUCUAUGUGUGUCUGGGAAGUUGGGGAGAAUUUAAUGGGAAUUGUGCUGCAGGCUAUCGCUUCAAUGAAACUCAACAGAAAUGCAUAAAAGGCAAAUGUCCACCAUGUCCCUGUUUAACGAAUGCUUAUGACAAUAGUGUGGAAACAACAGGAUAUAUUCCGGCUGUGCCAGUACUAUUUCUACCACACACCAGUAACAAUACACAACCAGCAGUGGCGGUAUUAUCUGAGGCUGCAUUAAGAGAGAUUUCUUUGAAAUUCAAUAAUGAAAGUUUAAUACCAACCUUUAAUAUAAUAUCUCUGGCAAUCUCUUCAUCUUCAUCACCAUUAAAUAAUUCGUCAAAUUCCGCUGAGUUGCAAAGUGGAUAUUUUGCUCAGAAUCAGACAUUGUUUAGUUCAAGCGGACAUUUAUUAGAUGAUCUGAAGGCGAAAAAUUCCACAAAGCUUAAUAAUUCCAUUUUGAAUUCCACUGCAUCAUCAGAAGUGAAUGUUGUUAACACAACUGCCAAGUUAUUAAGAGGCAGAGUCACUAAUUUUGAUGCUUAUAAUUUAACAGCAUUAUUGAUGGGAGACUUAAACCAACAACUGUUAUUUUCAACAUCUACUAAAUCUUCCGAAAAUGCAAGUACACCGGCAUCAUUCACUGAAUUAUCAAAGACUACGGAAUUACCAACUGAAACCACUACAGAAACAACAACAUCAUCAGCUAUAGAAACAUCCUCUGAAUCUGCAACACAAACACCAAGUAUAACUGAUUCGACUACACUAACGACAGACUCAGAAUCGCCAGCUGAACCUACCACCCAAACGACAGAAUCAUCAUCAAGCACUCCAGGACCAUCCCCAACUACAGUUUCAUCCGCUUCUGCCACAGACUUGCCAGCUGAACCUACUACCCAAAUGACAGAAUCAUCAACUGACACCACUACAGAAACGACAACAUCUUCAGCAAUAGAAACAUCCACUCAAUCUAUCACAAAUCCAAACACUCCAGGAGCUUCCCAAACUACCGUUUCAGCCGAUUCUAUCACAGAUUCGCCAGCUGAACCUAAUACCCAAGCGACAGAAUCAUCAACUGACACCACUACAGAAACGACAACAACUUCAGCAAUAGAAACAACCUCUCAAUCAAUUGCAAAUUCAAGCACUCCAGGAUCUUCCACAACUACAGUUUCAUACGAUUCUGCCACAGACUCGCCAGCUGAACCUAAUACCCAAACGACAGAAUCAUCUACAGAAACGACAACAUCUUCAGCAAUAGAAACAUCCACUCAAUCUAUCACAAAUUCAAGCACUCCCGAACCUUCCAACACUACAGUUUCAGCAGAUUCUGCCACAGAUUCGCCAGCUGAACCUACUACCCAAACGGCAGAAUCAUCAACUGAAACGACAACAUCUUCAGUAAUGGAAACAUUCACUCAAUCUAUCCCAAAUUCAAGCACUCCAGGAUCAUCCCCAACUACAGUUUCAUCCGCUUCUGCCACAGACUCGACAGCUGAACCUACUACCCAAACGACAGAAUCAUCAACUGAUACUAUUACUGAAACGACAACAACUUCAGCAAUAGCAACAUCCACUCAAUCUAUCCUAAAUUCAAGCACUCCAGGAUCUUCCACAACUACAGUUUCAGCCGAUUCUGCCACAGAUUCGCCUACUGAAUCUACUACCCAAACGACAGAAUCAUCAACCGAAACCAAUACAGAUACGACAACAUCUUUAGCAAUAGAAACAUCCACUCAAUCUAUCGCAAAUUCAAGCACUCCAGGAUCUUCAACAACUACAGUUUCAGGCGAUUCUGCAACAGAUUCGCCAGCUAAACCAACUACUCAAACGACAGAAUCAUCAACUGAUACUACAGAGACGACAACAUCUUCAGGAAUAGAAACACCAACUCAAUCUAUACCAAAUUCAAGCACUCCAGGAUCAUCCACAACUACAGUUUCAGCCGAUUCUGCCACAGAUUCGCCAGCUGAACCUACUACUCAAACAACAGAAUCAUCAACUGAUACAACUACUGAAACGACAACAUCAUCAGGAAUAGAAACAUCCACUCAAUCUAUCACAAAUACAAGCACUCCAGGACCUUCCACAACUACAGUUUCAGGCGAUUCUGCCACAGAUUCGCCAGCUGAACCUACUACUCAAACAACAGAAUCAUCAACUGGUACUACUAUAGAGACGACAACAUCUUCAGGAAUAGAAACAUCCACUCAAUCUAUCACAAAUUCAAGCACUCCAGGAUCAUCCACAACUACAGUUUCAGCCGAUUCUGCCACAGAUUCGCCAGCUGAACCUACUACUCAAACAACAGAAUCAUCAACUGAUACAACUACUGAAACGACAACAUCAUCAGGAAUAGAAACAUCCACUCAAUCUAUCACAAAUACAAGCACUCCAGGACCUUCCACAACUACAGUUUCAGGCGAUUCUGCCACAGAUUCGCCAGCUGAACCUACUACUCAAACAACAGAAUCAUCAACUGGUACUACUAUAGAGACGACAACAUCUUCAGGAAUAGAAACACCAACUCAAUCUAUACCAAAUUCAAGCACUCCAGGAUCAUCCACAACUACAGUUUCAGCCGAUUCUGCCACAGACUCGCCAGCUGAACCUACUACUCAAACGACAGAAUCAUCAACUGAUACUACAGAGAUGACAACAACUUCAGGAAUAGAAACAUCCACUCAAUCUAUCGCCAAUUCAAGCACUCCAGGAUCAUCCACAACUACAGUUUCAGGCGAUUCUGCAACAGAUUCGCCAGCUGAACCUACUACCCAAACGACAGAAUCAUCAACCGAAACCAAUACAUAUACGACAACUUCUUCAGCAAUAGAAACAUCCACUCAAUCUAUCGCUAGUUCAAGCACUCCAGGAUCUUCCACAACUACCGCUUCUGCCACAGACUCGCCAGCUGAACCUACUACCCAAACGACAGCAUCAUCAACUGAUACCACAACAGAAGCGCCAACAUCAUCUCAAACGGCCACGAAAAUACCAAAUGAAACUACAACACAGCAACCAAUAGAAUCAACACGAAAAACCACAACUACACAAGACACGAUUGCACCAACUACAGAAGCUACAUUACCACCGAACAUAGAACCUACUAAUGCACCUUCGACAAAGCCUACGUCGCCACCAUCAACUGAGCCCACACCCACACCAGAAUCAACUACAGGAGCUACAUCGGAAUCAACGACAACAACAACAACAGCUACAUCUACAUCGGAACCAACGACAACAAAAGCUACAUCAACCUCAACGCUACCAACAACUACCACCACAACAACUACAUGUGCUACAAAACCAAUAACUACAACCUGUAAACAAUCCACUACAGCAGCAAAUCAAAUCAUGCACCACAGCAACAAUGAAAAUGCCGGCUUAAAUUCAAUAUGUGCUAAUCAUGAGGAUGGUUAUUUCGUUAAAGAUCCCAGACAGUGUAAUAAAUAUUAUACCUGCUACAAACGUCAGGCCUAUCCGCAACUUUGUCCUGGCCAAUUCUUAUUCGAUGACAAAUUGAAAAUGUGCAAUUAUCCCGAUGCAGUCGAUUGCCAAGAAUAUUAUAAAAAACCAAUUACCAAAAUUAUGCCAGCUUCUUCUACUCAUAGGCCCAAGCCUAAAAAGCCAACAACAAUUUCAACGAAUGUUUUACAGGAUCAGAAGGCCACAACCAAGAUAACGACUCUGAAUUCAUCGCUUAACCUUAAACCGGAAGACUGCAGUUACCUAAAGAGCGGUACUUUUGUGCGAGAUAACAGAAACUGUAACAAAUACUAUGUUUGCUUGAACGGUUAUGCUGUUGCUCUAUAUUGUCCGCGUGGCCAAUAUUUCGAUAUCCAGGGUCUGGUUUGUAAUUUUAAGGCUUUGGUGAAAAAUUGUUCUAAUUGA